AUGCGUUAUCUAUCACUACUUCCAGUAACACUAUCUGUCCUAACAGGCGCGAUCGGGGCCUUCGCACAGGGGGCCAACGGGGAGAAUGCAAUCACAUACCCACUCGGUGGUUCCUUGGAUGCUAACGUGCCCCUCACCAUCACUUGGACUGUAUGCUUAAGUCUCUUGCUUUGCUCGCUGUAGUCAAGGCUCUUCGGCUGAUCUUGCAAACUGGUAUAUAGCCCACCUCCAAAGGGACGGUCACAAUAAAACUCCUCAAAGGGCCUCCCAGUAACCUAGUAGACCUCGGACCGAUCGCUGGCAAGUGUCCGAAUUGAAAUUCAUGCCGAGGUAUUGGCAGCUGACUUGGCGCCUAGCAUCCAUCAACAACGAUGGAACCUUUAUAUGGAGCAUCCCAAGUUCGCUGCAGGACAGCGGAUCAAUGCCAAAAGGCGAUAGAUACGGCUUCAAGAUCAUUGACGACGCGACCAAUACCUUCGAUUACAGUCCUCCAUUCGAUCUCUCGAUCCCGGGCUCCACCUUCGGCGGUGCUGCCGCGAGCGGGACUCCAACGACAUCACCAACCGCCUCCGUCGCAUCAUUCUCAUCCGAACCUUCUGCCCCCAUCCCCGUCACCCCAACCCCAACCCCCGCGAGCACAGUCACCCAGGAAUCCACCUCCGACUUUUUCGCCUCGACAACCCAACCCCCCGUGCCCACCAGUACAGACCUGCCAAGCGACAUCCUCCCUACAUCGCCCGAGACCUCCUCCCUACAAUCAACCCUGACCACGGCCAGCGCCACUUCAGCACCUAAACCCUCGCAAUCGAAGGUGGUGGACAUCUUCGACCAGAGUCCGAGCCCGAACGUUACGGUGAUUAUUAGCGCGACGGCCGGCGCCUUUGGCGGUCUUGCGCUUAUCAUCGUUUCUAUCGUCUUGUUUGUAAAGUGCCGGAAGAGGCGAUCGAGGGCUAGGGCUAGAGCACCGUUGAUCUCGGUGCCGGUGCCGGCGGAGGGUAUGAGGGGGCAUGGGGUGUAUAGUCGAGUUUAA